CUCUGGAGGUAAGCUACGGGCUAAGUACCUAACUUGCCUCAAGCAAGUAUGAUGUGGUACCUCGUGUAGGAAGGCAGCCUUCAGCCUUAUUAACGCUGUCAGCUUGGAGGUGAACCAGACAGCAAUACGCUACAUACAAACAGCUUGUUGGUGCAGAACAGUCUGCCAUCGUACGAAAUCCCGACCCAUCGACUGGUAUCGACAAACAAAAAUCACCACAGCUAGUGUAGACAGAUUGUUUCCCCCUUCCUGAGGGUCAGCCAAGUCAAUAUGGCGACUCCUCAUGAGAAGCUCCUCGAGUACUUCACUGCCAUGGACGCUGCCGGCGCUGUGAUAGUCAAAGAUACGCCAAAGCUAGACCUGGAGACAUACAUGCAGAAUUAUAAUGGGAGGACACGAUAUGAUCGCUUGAUGCUUAUCGGACAAUGUUCCGUUGUGCUCUGCGUCGACGCUCUCAAAGUUGCUGUAGCCGAAGCUAAACGCGGCAAGGAUGUUGCUCGGUAUCGAGAGGCUGUUGAUCUCCUCCGUCAGGCUUCACCAAACGAGCCUGAGGCCAGCCUUGAUAGAAAGUGGAUUGAUGUGACAGAAAAGUCCAACAGGGAAGAGACGAAGCGCCUUGAGCAGGAAUUAAAGGGCUACAAAAACAACCUUGUCAGGGAAAGCAUCCGGAUGGGCAAUGAGGACCUUGGCAAACAUCUUGAGGAAAUCGGGAACCUUGCAGAUGCUGCCGAAGCCUACUCACGAAUGCGUCCCGACGUCAGCACCUCAAAGCAGGUGGCCGAUGUCGGCAAACACAUAAUCCGUGUUGCCCUUCAGAAGCGCGACUGGACUGCCGUGAAUUCCAGCCUUAACAGGAUCGCAGGUCUUCAAAGCCAACUCAGCGAGGAUCUCGGAUUCCCAACAUACAUCAGAGUUAUGGAUGGACUUGCAAAUCUUGGCCAGGAGAGGUACAAGGAGGCCGCUGCAGCCUUUCUCAAGGCUGACCAUUCGGCGCCUGCCUCAUCGUACGCCGAUGCCAUGAGCCCAAAUGACGUUGCCAUCUACGGCAGUCUUUUGUCGCUGGCCACCAUGGAUCGCGUUGCUAUCCAGACUAACGUGCUGGAGAACAGUUCGUUCCGGUCCUUUCUGGAGCUGGAGCCACACCUGAGGCGAGCAAUCACGCAGUUCGUGAAUGGCAGGUACUCGUCAUGCUUGGAGAUAUUGGAGAGCUACCGCAGCGACUACCUACUCGAUAUGCACUUGCAGAGGCAUAUUCCAGAGCUGUUUCUCCAGAUUCGGAGCAAAUGCAUAUCACAGUACCUACUCCCAUUCUCAUGCGUUACUAUCGCAAGUCUCGACGAGUCGUUUGCUAUAGACGGCGAGUCUAUAGAAGAGGAGCUGGUUACUAUGAUUAGCAAUGGUAUUCUCGAUGCUAGGAUCAAUAGUGUGGACAAGCUCGUGACGGCCACGGCCGUGAAGCCCAGGAUCCAAAUGCAGCUCGCGGCAUUGAAGGCGGCACAGCAGUAUGAGACAGAGGCAGCAGAGAGGCUGAGGCGGAUGAACAUUUUGGCCGCCGAACUCGAGGUCAAGAGCAACAACAAACGGGGCAUGACUGCGGCCGAUACUGAGUGGGAAGGCAGUUCUUCAGCGAUGGCAUCCGUAUUUUGAGAGCUCGCUGUAUGAUGAUUUCAUCAAGACCUCAAUGGAACGACGAACUCAAUGGGUAUCUCAAUUCUAAAACAGGCCCUCGGUUGUUAGGCUCGGACUUCUAGGUGACGUGAUUACGAAAAAAAAUAAAUUACAGGCGCACAGCACACCAUACACAGUAAAUCUUCCAGCCG